AUUGUACUAACUCACGAUAAAAGUCAUACCCAAAUAACUCCAAAUCAACUCUUUAUACGUGAUUCUACAACCUUCCUCUUACCAACCUACUUUUCCAUGCUCUUUCUCCAUUUCUUUAUCUUAUCUCAUUUAUUUCCAAGAUUUCAUUUGACAAUUACACAGAUUCACAUACAUUAGGGUUGAUUCUCCGACACCCAAACAAAACAAUUUUCUAGCCGUUUCUAAAAACCCCCAUCAAAAACCCACAAAAUCAUGCCAAAUUCUCCCCAAAAUGAUCAAACAAACACCCAUAAACGCCUAUGUGAUUUCUGUACAGAUUCAGUAGCGUUAAUCUACUGCAGAGCAGAUUCUGCAAAGCUGUGCUUGUCUUGUGACAGAGAAGUUCACUCAACAAACCAAUUAUUCACAAAACACACUCGAUUUCAGCUCUGUGAUGCAUGUGAUUCAUCCCCUGCAUCAAUCUUCUGCCACACAGAAAACUCUGUGUUGUGUCAGAACUGUGACUAUGAAUGCCAUAGCCGCCUUUCUGGAAGUUCUUUAAACCAUGACAGGAGGCCUCUGGAAGGGUUUACUGGGUGCCCUUCUGUUGCUGAUCUCUCUGUUUCAAUUGGGUUUGAAGGGUUUGAUUCUAAGUGUUUGAGUAUCGGUGGUGAGAGUGAUGCUGUUAGUAAUAAGGGUUUGUUUUCUGGGUUAGAUGAGGAGGGAAAUGAUGAUGGGUUUUCUGAUUUGUUUGUUUGGGAUGUUCCUACUAUGGUUAGUCUUGAUGAUUUGAUUGUUUCUACUGAUAGGCUUGAUCAUGGUUUUCAAGCUAUGGUGGUGCCUCCUUUGCCUAAGGACAGGAACCUAUCUUGUGGGCAGCGCAAGCAUGAGAUACUUUAUCAGCUUCGCGAACUAGCAAAGUCGGAGCCUGGUAUACAACAAGAUGUGAAACCCCGUGUUAACCACCACACUGUGGCUGAUGAAGAUGAAAAAGACUCCAGUAUACAGCAUAAAUUUCAAACUUACCAACAUGAUGAGGAGCACCCCACUUUUAAUGGGAAUGAGGAAAGCCCCUAUACUUGGUACAAUGGCACCGGUGAGGAUGUAAAUGACAUAUGCCUUUCCUCUGCCUUGUCGGGAAGCCAUAUUGAAGAUAGUGCUUUAAAUUCCAAUACACCUUCAGAUAUGUGUAACAGUACAAAUCUUACCACAAAUGGAUGGAAUUCACAGCACCCCAACGGAAAUGAAUCAACGGGUUUCACUCAGAAUGUUGCCACACGUGAACUUACUAGUGCAGAACGGGAUUCAGCACUGUCGCGAUACAAAGAAAAGAAGAGGACUCGGAGGUUUGAAAAGCAUAUCAGAUAUGAGUCGAGGAAGCUUCAAGCAGACAACAGAAUAAGAAUCAAAGGUCGCUUUGCUAAGGUAGUUAACCGUAAGAAUCAGGCAUGAGAACUGCAUUGUGCAAGAGUCAAAAGAAAGCUCCAACUCAAUGCUCAAAGCACAAAGGAUCUCAGGUAUUGUUGUUUGCUGCUGAGAUCCGUCAUUCUUUCACCUGAGCUGCGCUACAGUCUGUCAAUGUUGAUGUGUACGUAUAUGCUUCUGUUAAUUACUGUAAAAGGUGCAUAAUCCUGUAAAUUAUUUGUAACCUACUAUAAAUGGUGGUGUGUAGUAAACAUGUCAUUUCAGCUGUUCCUGUAUUGAACUGGUAGGGAGAAAAAAGAAGAAAAAAAAGAGAAAAAAUACUUUGUAUGAAAUUUGGAACGCUUUCUCUCUUCA